UCACUAGCAGCGAAAGAUAGCAUACACUCGAGCUUGAUUCAUACAAUGGCAUUUAGCGGAGCCUGCCGCUGCCUGCUACUUGUCUUUCUGGCUCUGCUCCCUCUGGGCAUGGCCGCGGACUCCAUCGGCAGCUACUGCGCCGGAAACAGCUACGCGGUAAGCAACAAGGCCGUGGCCAGCAUCAACGCUGUCCUGGCCGACCUCGUCGCCACGGCCUCCACCGGAGGCUACGCCACGUCCACGGCCGGCAAGGGCAACAACGUCAUCUACGGCCUCGCGCAAUGCCGCGGUGACGUCUCCGCCAGCGACUGCGCGGCCUGCCUUGCCGACGCCGCCAGCCAGCUCCCCAGCACCUGCAGCUACAGUUCCGACGCGAGAAUCUGGUACGACUACUGCUUCAUGCGGUACGAGAACGCCAACUUCAUCGGCCAGGCGGACACGGACGCCGGCGUGGUGCUCGUGAAUGUGCAGGCGAUGGACAACGCGAAGUCGUUCGAGAAGGCGGUGGGCAAGGUGAUGGGCAAGGUGACGGCGCAGGCGUCGGCGGCCGGCAGCGCGGGGCUCGGGCGGGACAAGGAGCAGUACACACCGUUCGUGUCCAUCUACGGGCUCGCGCAGUGCACGCGUGACCUGGCCCCGCUGACGUGCGCGCAGUGCCUGUCCACGGCGGUGUCCAGGUUCGGCGACUACUGCGGCGCGCAGCAGGGGUGCCAGAUCAACUACAGCAGCUGCAGGGUGCGCUACGAGAUCUACCCGUUCUACUUCCCCCUCGCCGCCGGCGGCGGCGGCCGCGCCACCACUGAUAUGACAAAGUACACCAAGAUCGUCGUGCACCCUUGAUAGAUCUACGGGGUGCAUGGUGUGCAUGCAUGCGUGCUUGCAUGCCUGUGGACACAUACGUAAGUAGUAAGUUGGUAGUUAAGUGACUAGUUUGAUGUUACAGCAGCGAAUAAGGCUAUAAGAAAUAUAUAGCCUUCGCGUGCUGCAACUGGGAAUAAAGAUGUACUCCUACUAAGUAGUGUAAGUACGUCUGCAAGGAAUAAUUUUAACGAGUCAACUAUAUUAUUCCGUGC